CAUUUCCCAGUGUCGCAGCUGUUAGCACCAUUUUGUGAUGAACCAGCAGAGGGGACCGAUAGCACGGUGUAGUUAGAUGUACAGGUAGCUAAUCGCCAGUUUCCUCGAGAAUUUAAAUAAUUAAGGGUCUUAAUUGAUAUAAAAAAGAGGGGCUUUUUAUAUAAAUACGACUUUACUGAACGUUUGAUCAGCUAGCUUUUAGAGAUCAGCUGAGUCAGUUAGCUUAGCAUAGGUUAGCUUAGCUUGCGCGUGAUCCAAGCAGCUCCUAAAGCUGCGGCAGAUUAAAUAUUAAAUCCACAGAUUCUCGAAGCAAGUUGUCAAGUGUGAGAAGAAAAUGAGUUCCCCCUCUACUCAAAAAGUCGUGCUGAAAAGCACCACCAAGGUGUCGCUGAACGAGCGCUUCACAAACAUGAUGAAGAACAAGCAGCCGACUGCCGUUAGCAUCCGGGCGACCAUGCAGCAGCAGCACAUGGCCAGCGCGAGGAACCGGCGUCUCGCCCAGCAGAUGGAGAACAGGCCGUCAGUGCAGGCAGCACUGCAGCACAAACAGAGCCUGAAGCAGCGACUUGGGAAGAGCAACAUUCAGGCACGUCUGGGUCGUCCCAUCGGCCCGCUUAUGCGGGGAGGCCUUGGGGGUCGUGGCUUCGGUGUGGCGGGAAUGCGAGGGGCUACACGAGGGCUCAGAGGACGGGGACGAGGAGGUGCCAUGAGAGGAGCACUGGCUCUUAGAGGUCAGCUGAAGGGCCGAGGUGGUCCAGGGCGUCCAGGUAUACGUAGGGGAAUGCGUCAGCGAGGAGGAGCCAUGGGUCGAGGAGCUGCUCUGAUUGGCCGAGGAGCAGCGCGUGGAGGAGCUGGACCACGAGGUCGCGGAGGUCUGCGCGGUCGUGGCGGUUUCCUUGGAAGAGGUCGUGGUCGAGGUAGAGGCAGGGGAGCAGGACGUCCCUCUGUCACCAGGGAACAGCUAGACAAUCAGCUGGAUGCUUACAUGUCCAAAACCAAGGGACAUCUAGACGCAGAGCUGGAUGCGUACAUGGCCCAAGCUGACCCAGAGAGCAUGGAGUGAUCUGUGAAUGUAUACACCGAUAUCUUGUCAACUAGGCAUAUAGUUACAGGCAUUUAUUUCCUGAACGUCCAUUUUAAUCAAAAAUGCUAUUUACACUGAACUUGCUAUAGUGAUGAGAUAUGUGGUGAGAUCUGGAUGUUCUGCCAGAUGUUAAGCUCCUUAGACUUAUUUACUGAUUAGAGCAAAAAAGGAGCACCUUUUACACAGCAUAGGCUCAUUGAGAGUUCACACAGUGCCAAUAGAAAUGCUGGAAAGUGGACAUCGAGCUUUGCCCCUGAAGUGGACCUUCACAAAACAGACUUUUUCCCCUGCGAGUUUUAUUGAAGCUGGACCUGAUGUUAUUAUUAAUAUUGGUCUAUUCUGAAACCUAAUCAGAUUUGUUCUGGCACACGCUGUUCCUGGUUACACUGUGCUACAAACAUUUUUCCCCUUUGUCUCAUUUUAUUGUUUUUUUUUUUUUUUUUUUUUUUUUUUUUUUUUUUUUUAUGGUUUUGAAAUCGGUUCAUGUUAUGACUGCAAUUGUUUGUGUUUAAAAAAAAAAAAAUCCACUACAAAACACCUUGGUCUAUUGUAGUUUAACAACCAUUUUUACUUUGUCUUAAUAAAUAUUGGCCUUGAUGGACAACAAA